AUGAGGAGGUUCUUGCCGGCGGGGGCAGGCGAGCCCUCCUCCUCCUCCUCGUCGGGUCCGCACGGGAAGCACGAGGGCAGCGAGGCCGCCGCUGCUGGAGGCGGUCUGCGCUACGGAGGGGGAGACAUCUCGCUGGGGCGCGGCAACGACCUCCUCCACGGCCAGUUUCGCGGCGGCGGCGGCGGCGGAGGGGAGAUGAAGGACGACGGAGCGGACAUGCUGGCCCGGCACAGCAGCUCGCCGGCGGGGUUCUUCUCCAACCUCAUGGUGGAUGACGGAUAUCAUGGCUCGAGAGGCGCCGGAGUAGCUGGUGGCAGCGGCGGCGGCGGCGGCGGCGAAGCACACCGUAACGCCAGCAGCAGCACGAAGAUGAAGUCCCAGCUGAGCUUCACGGCCGGCGGGCCACAGAUCGCUGCCCACCUCUCGCGUAUCUCCGAGGGCGCCUCUUUAUUCCCGGGCGCCGACGUCGUCCGCACCGCUGCGCACCCGGGCGGCGAGCACCCCGUGUCGCGUUCCUUCUCGGCCAGCGGCAGUAGCGGGGGCUUCUCCAUCGUGGGGCCGUGGGAUGAGUCGAGGGAGAUCAUCGGCACCCUCGACCUCGGCGGUUACGAGUCUCAGUUCAGUGGCAUGGCGAGCUCGUCGUCGCUGGAGCUGGCGGGGAUGGACAAGUACAUGCAGGCGCAGCAGCAGGAGGACCAGGUGGCGUUCAAGGUGCGGGCCAAGCGCGGCUGCGCGACGCACCCAAGGAGCAUUGCCGAGAGGGAGCGGAGGACGAGGAUCAGCGACAAGCUCAGGAAGCUGCAGGACCUAGUGCCCAACAUGGACAAGCAAACGAGCACCUCGGACAUGUUGGACCUCGCGGUGGAGCACAUCAAGGGCCUCCAGAGCCAGCUGCAGGUAUGUCGUCGACGUGCUAGGCGCUGGCUAGGCUACAUCCGUCAAUAUGUUUUGUUAAUCGCACUACCAGUGAUCAUGGAACGUUAA